ACUCACAGCCAAUAGCAACGCCACAACAAAACACGAUAGCUCCCUGCUCCGAACUGUGCACAGGGCGUCUCUUUCCGGCGCAGUAUGCUGGGAUGCUGAUGCUGAGGAGCCUCGUUGAUCUGUAGCCCCAUUUGGAUCUCAAAUGUUUAUCGCCAUGUUGUAUUGUCUGAGGUUGCAGCACUGUGUUGACCUCUGUCUGGGCUGCCUGCUGUUGUUUCUAGCGGGGCUGCAGCAGGUGGAAGCAGCCGCCGCCGCGGAGAUGGCAAACUUGAACUGGAAGCCGUUCAUCUACGGAGGGAUGGCCUCGAUUGUCGCAGAAUUUGGGACAUUUCCCAUUGACCUGACUAAAACCAGACUACAGGUCCAGGGUCAGUCUCAGUACACGGAGGUGCGUUACAGGGGCAUGUUUCAUGCCCUCUUCAGGAUUGGCAAAGAGGAGGGCAUCCGAGCACUCUAUUCUGGGAUUUCUCCUGCUCUGUUGAGACAGGCAUCUUAUGGGACAAUCAAGAUAGGAACCUACAACUCUCUGAAGAGGCUGUUUGUCAGUCACCCAGAAGAUGAGACCAUGGUCAUCAACGUCUUCUGUGGUGUCGUGUCUGGAGUCCUGUCCUCUUCUCUGGCCAACCCCACCGAUGUCCUCAAGAUCAGAAUGCAGGCGCAGGGCAGCCUGCUCCAAGGCAGCAUGAUGUCCAACUUCAUCAACAUCUACCAGACAGAGGGCACCAGAGGGCUUUGGAGAGGUGUCAUUCCCACAGCACAGCGGGCAGCCAUCGUCGUCGGAGUGGAACUUCCUGUCUAUGACAUAACAAAGAAGCACCUGCUUCGCUCUGGCCUCAUGGGAGACACCAUUUUGACACAUUUCAUUUCAAGUUUCACGUGUGGCUUGGCGGGAGCGCUGGCCUCCAACCCCGUGGACGUGGUCCGGACCCGUAUGAUGAACCAGCGAGUUUUGUCGGGAAGCCCCAUGUACAAAGGAACACUGGACGGAGUGAUGCAGACGUGGAAGAACGAGGGCUUCUUCGCUCUCUAUAAGGGAUUCUGGCCGAACUGGCUGAGGCUGGGGCCCUGGAACAUUAUUUUCUUCAUCACCUUCGAGCAGCUGAAGAAGCUCCCAUUUUAAUGGGAACAGGAAGUGGGACUUCACUGGUCUGUUAAGACUGUGUCGGGCAUAAGUGGGGUGUGAGCACGGCAGCACCUGGAGUUUUGGCACCAGUAUAUUCACACUCCCUUCAAAUUCAUACCAAUGAUACAAUAUUAGUCAUCUGCCCAUGCUCAUCCAAAUCUUAUGUUGAUUUCUCUCUCUCUUUGCAAUGUGUUUUAUUUAUUGUCACUGGUUGUGUUCUCGUACUGUUUUAAGGACUGUUGCUUUGGUGACUACGCUCACCAACAGCGACCUCCGACACUCCCCAGGCAGCUAAAUAUUUGGUUGUAGCAGAAGACUGAAAGUUUGGAAGACUAGGUUCAUUUUCCUCGGGCUGAUUGGGUGAGUGGAACCUUGUGAACUUUGGCUUAUCUUAAAAAGACAAAGAGAGAGGACACUUGUGAUUGUUUGCUCAGGAAUCCUACACAGAAAAACAUGGGAAAUAAUUUUAAUAAUAAGCUUAGGAAUUGCAGAAUGUCAGGUCACACAUAUGCAGGUUGUGGAGUUGUUGUUUUUUUUUUUAAAAAAAGAAGAAGAUAAUGUUAAAUUUUAAACUGAAUGAUAUGUAGGAACGCUGUAUUUUGAAUGCACAGGCACUACAUGAAACAUGCUUGGAUUUUACUGCUGAAUGUUGAGGAACUGUUUGGAAGAGUGGUUCAAAUAGGAAAUCAGCUGUUACUGUUAGUUACUGUACUGUGAGAGAGAGCCGGAGUAAGACACUGACAGAAAGUAGGAAAUGAACAGGUCAUUAGUGCUUAACGUCUGUAUGGAAAAUGAAACUCUGAGAUAUCUUGUGAUCUCUGGUACAUUGAGGUGUUAAGAAAAGGUGUCGCACAGCAUCUGACGUGCAGUUUUUAAUCUUUAAAUGGGUCAGUUGCCAGAAAAUCACUCUGAAUUUUAAAGUUGAAGAAAAAAAUAGUCAGAACUUUUUUAUUUAUUAUUUUUUAGGAGGAGAAAUUUCCACAUAACACAAAUUCUAAACAUCUAAAGAAGACACUGAAGUUUUACUUGAAAAUAUCAGAAAUCUUAACCAAAGCCUCUCAUGACAAAAGGGAAACACUUUUACUCAUAUUCACAACCAAAAGGUCUUUUUUUCCUUUGUUUUAUUUAAUUUCAAGGAAAUACUCAAUCAAGAGCAAUCACUCCACUUCACUUUUUUUUGGCUUUGUUUUGUUCUCCUCCAGUCUGCUGCUGAUUCGGAAGCGAAGCUAAUGCCAUUAUUAACCCACAUGACAACAAUCCAUUACAUACUGUUAAUCGCUGUACAGACUCAAUCACACAGAGAGGUGGAUGUAUUUUAUCCUGUCAUGUCCAGGUGCACAUAUGAUGCCUUGUUGCGCUAUUCUUACUGUUGUGUUCCUCCUGUUAGGUAAAGUCACAGCAUGAAAGGAGGCAGCUGGUGUGGACAGAAAGUGCAAAAUAGUGCUUUUGUGCCAAACUGGGUUUGAUUUUAUUUGCAGCUACUCUGAGUCCACAUAAAGUUUUGUUUUCAGAAGAAACUCGUAGCUGGAAACUGUCAGACACUAUAGUUUGAAAUUGAAAACAUAUUUUAAAUUUGUGAAUAAUAUCUUUAAAUCAAAACAAAUGCAGUUUUAACCACUUGAAUUUUUAUUUAGUUUACGAGGAUCCACAAACAAUAUAUGUGUUUGACUUGUACAGAACAUGAGUGCAGUUUCCACGCCAGGUUUUUUUUAAUUAUAUUUAAUUAUUUUGUAGCAGUUUUGAUUUUUGUUUUUAAAGUUGAAGGUAUUUAUUUUCUGACAUAAUCAAAAGUUUCCCAUUGUGGCAGCAGUUUUGUGUGGCAUCAUAGCUUGUCAUCAGAUGGGUCUCCCGAAAUUAUCUUCAUCUUUCUUCUUUAUUUUGACUGCACAGACAUGCUGGACUCUAUGACUGAAGGACAUUAAAAAUACGAUUUAUAGCUUCAACAGAGCUGGUACUUCUACAUAUGUACUGCUGUAGGCAACUCUGCUGUUUAGCUUCAGGCUUGUUAUAGUUUAGUAGCAGACUGUAAAGUAGCUUGGCUCUGUCUUGGUCAUAAUUCACUGGAUCACCUUAUAGUUUGCUUUUAUCUAUAAAGGGAUACUUUUGGAUUUUGCAAAUCAGGUUUUUCCUCUUCUUCUGCUCUCGAUUAAAAACGCACAUGAUGUCCUUUUACCCUGACGUACAUCAGCUGUCAUCAUAGCUGCAGAAAUGUCACAAUGUUGUAUUUUUUUUAAUUGAACCUGACUGCAGAAUCCAAAUUAAACCCAGUGUAAACCUUAUUUCUUAGUAUCAUUAUUUCAAAACUCUCCAGUGGGAUUUAUUAGUUCAUCCUCUGUUUCCUCAGUUAUGGUUUGAGCUGGCAUUUUAGCGUGCAGUCAGGACACAACUCUCAACUUUUGUGCUCAACAGUGGAGUGGGUUUGAAAGGCCACAAGGUUCUGUGUGUGUGUGUGAGUGUGUGUGUGUGUGUGUGUGUGUGUGUG